AUGAAAGUGAGGGUUGUGUGUAGGAAACUUUACGACUACAUACGCUAUGAUCUCAAAGAAAUUGCUUUUCCGUCCUCUUUGCCCAAUCCUCCUAACCUUAAAAAGCGCCGCAAAUUAACAUGGGAGCAGCGUAUCUGGGUUUUGAAAAGAGCUACUAGGCUUUAUGCUGCUAGCUGGGUUCGUGACAUUGGUCCUGAUCUUCGGCCAAAUGACUACAAGACAGAUGAAGUGAAUGAUGAACCUAAUGCUAUAAAGAAAACAACUGAAGAUAAAGAACCCUCAACACUGGAGGAUCUCGCUGUAGCUGCUAGAGGGGGCAUGGAGACUCUCAGACCUGCUUUGCAGCGUGUUUAUAUGACAAGAGCUUCUGCAUACAGGGAUGCCAUGAAGAGUUUUAUAGAGGGAUACCAAGAGGGUGUUCAGCAAGUAAUGGAGAAGAAAGAAAAUUCCAAAACUGAAGAAGAUGCCGAUGCAUCAAAAAAAUCGACUUGA